GGUCAAAGUUCAUAGGCAGUGCUGUAGCAGCAGAAGAGCAACAGAAAGGCUCAAAAAGCCUGCGGGUGCAUCUCAACACCGACAAGAAGCCUCCCAGCUCGCUCACUGCUCUCCAACUGACGGUGUGUCAUAACGGGACCAAGGAGCCCAAUAACAUACCAGGAGGUACCUCAAUACAUGAGUCGACAAUGAGCUGCUAGAAUAAGGGCCUCGCCAUGGACCUCAACAAAAUAGCCUUUAUCCUGGGAGCCCUGCUCAGCACUGUGAGUGCUACUGAGGUGGACGGCUACUCUAAAACUGAAGGAGCGUGGAUCCUCUCACUGAACAGACGACAGUACUCAGUCAACACUGUGACUGACUGCGCCAACAAAUGUAACGCUGAAUCAACCUUCACAUGCAGGUCUUUCAUAUAUAUUGAAAAGGACCAAGAGUGUUGGACAGCAGCAGCAAACUCUAAAACAGAGACCAUCCUGCGUAGAGCCAGCACAUCUUUAUAUGAAAAAAAUGUAUAUCUCCUGGAGUGUGUAAAUGGAAUAGGAACAGAUUACAGAGGAACAAUAACCAGAUCGAAAACCGGAAAGAUGUGUCAGCGAUGGGACGCAAAAUACCCACACAGGCCCAACAUGACACCUGCGACCCAUCCUCGGGCAGACCUGGAGUCAAACUUCUGCAGAAACCCUGAUGGAGACAAUGGGGGACCCUGGUGUUACACCACCAACCCUAUCACCCGCUGGGAACACUGCAAUGUACCCAGCUGCACUGAGGAUUGCAUACACUGCAGUGGUGAGAACUACAGAGGGAACAUGUCCACUACAGAAAAUGGCUUCACCUGCCAACGCUGGGACUCCCAGAAGCCUCACAACCAUGGCUACAACCCCAGCGCUCUCCCAGAUAAGUAUCUUGAGGGGAAUUACUGCCGGAACCCAGAUGGAGACCCCCGACCCUGGUGCUUCACCACCAGCCCGACUAAACGAUGGGACUUCUGCUCCAUACCCCGCUGCACCUCCGAGCCUCCCACCAUCGUCCCAGAGACGACCUGUGCCACCGGUGAAGGUGGAUCGUACCGAGGCGCGAUAGCUGUGACAGAGUCGGGUAAAACCUGCCAAAGCUGGUCGGCUCAGACGCCACACAAACACAACCGCACGCCAGACAACUACCCCUGCAAAGGCCUUGAUAACAACCACUGUCGUAACCCUGACAAUGAGAGGAUGCCCUGGUGUUACACCACUGACCCUGACACCCGCUGGGAGUACUGCAAAGUGCCAACCUGCGGGGAUGCUGCUGGACCAGAUGAGGCAGUGAUCCCCCCAGAGGAGGAAGACUGUUAUCAAGGAGACGGGACGUCGUACCGUGGCAUAACAUCAGAGACGAUCAGUGGAAAAAGAUGUCAGGCCUGGAGCUCCAUGACUCCUCACAGCCAUCAGAAAACUCCACAAAACUACCCCAAUGCAGACCUCAGGAGGAAUCUAUGCAGGAACCCUGAUGGAGACCGAGCCCCCUGGUGUUACACUACAGACCCCAGAGUCCGCUGGGAGUACUGCAACUUGGACAAAUGCCCCACAGAUUCUUCAGGACCAUCACCGACCAGCUCCACCAAACCUCAGCUCCCAUCCCCUGCCACCGAGACCCCACAAGCCAAAGACUGUAAGGUUGGAAAUGGAGACACAUAUCGGGGUCCAACCUCCAUCACCAUUCUGGGUGUGACCUGCCAGGCCUGGAGUGCUCAGAGUCCCCACCAGCACAACAGCUUCACCCCACAGACUCACCCCACCAAGGGUCUGGAGGGCAAUAGCUGCAGAAACCCAGAUAACGAUGUGAACGGACCAUGGUGCUACACCACUGAUAGAAACAAGAAAUGGGACUACUGUCAGAUCCCAGACUGUGCUGGACUGAAGUGCGGCACUCCGGUCACCAAACCCAAGCGUUGCUUUGGUCGUAUUGUGGGAGGCUGCGUGUCUAAACCUCACUCUUGGCCCUGGCAAAUCAGUCUCCGGACCAAUACUGGAACUCAUUUCUGUGGAGGAACUCUGAUUGACCCUCAGUGGGUCCUCACCGCUGCACACUGCCUGGAGAGGUCCAGACGGCCCUCAGCCUACAAAGUGCUGCUGGGUGUCCACACAGAGCUAGCCAACGAGCCGUCCAAACAGGAGAGAAACCUGGAGAAACUGGUGCUGGGGCCCAACGGAGCCGACAUCGCUCUGCUCAAACUGCAGACCCCUGUACUAAUAAAUGACAAAGUCCUGCCAGUUUGUCUGCCAGAGAAGGACUACAUCGUUCCCAGUGGAACCGAGUGUUACGUUACAGGGUGGGGAGAAACUCAAGGUACAGGAGGUGACGGCAUCCUGAAGGAAACUGGUUUCCCCGUGAUCGAGAACAAGAUCUGUAAUCGCCCGUCCUACCUGAACGGCCGAGUCAGAGACCACGAGAUGUGUGCCGGAAACAUCGAGGGAGGAACUGACAGCUGCCAGGGUGACAGUGGUGGUCCUCUGGUGUGUACUGCCCAGAACAGGUUCAUCCUCCAGGGAGUGACAUCAUGGGGUUUAGGAUGCGCCAACGCCAUGAAACCCGGCGUCUACGCUCGAGUGUCCAAGUUUGUUGACUGGAUUGACAGAACCAUCAAAGCCAAUUAAAACACUAUCCAGCUUUAACAAAUACAGUAGCUCUGAUUGCGCGCCGACGCAGAGAGAGUUUAUUCAGUUGAAGAUUCUUUAGCAUGUUUGUGUUUCGUGUCAACUAGUGUUUCGUUUGCUCUGGUGGAAAUACUCUGAGCAGAUUAUAGUUCUGAUUUUUGGAUGUAACAGUGUGAUUUCUGUAAAAAUAAAAAUAAAAACUUUAUCAAAGGGAA